UCCUUUGAAGUUGGGAUUGGGAUUAUUUUGUAGGUGUAGAAAUUGAUUGGAGACACAAAACCGAAUCCAAUUGGGGGCAAACAUUUGAAAAGUUCGACAGCUUAAUAAUACGAAGUGUAUGUAUUUUGGAUCGGACGAUACUGUUAAAAGAAAAAAUCAGGUGUCUUCCCGUCAUAAAGUCUGGCCUCCUCCUUACUCCACCGCCAUGUGCGCCUCCGUUCCACCAUUAUUUUUCUACUCUUCAUUUUCCGGCCGAACAGUUGAAGAAGACGAAGAAAUAGUUCCAUAGAUUUCUAUUUCACACAGAGUAAAGAUAAUUCUUUUGUCACUUUAAUGCUAGAACGCGCGUGAAGGCUCGCGGGCUCUUAGUUUAGUUAGUGAUUUAGAUCAUUUAGGUUUGUAGAUUUUGGUGCGUAGCGUCGCGGACCAGCGAUGGACGGGAGGAGAAUAACCGCCAGCCCACGGCCCUGCAGCGGGCGGCGAGUGGUGGCAAAGAAGCGCCAUCGCUCUGGGGCGGAUGGAUUAGUGAACACCGUCAAGAAGCUUCAAAGGAGGGAGAUUUCUUCAAAGCUCGAUCGGGCGUUUAGUAUGAAGGAUGCGCCAGAGAGAUUUCGUAACAUUCGUUUACAGGAGGAAUAUGACACCCAUGAUCCAAAAGAGCACUGUGCGACUGCACUUCCUUUUCUAAUGAAAAGAUCCAGAAUCAUUGAGAUUGUUGCUGCACAUGAUAUUGUUUUUGCUCUUGCUCGAUCUGGGGUGUGUGCAGCUUUUAGCCGAGAGACGAAUAGGAGGAUAUGUUUCUUGAAUGUCAGCCCAGAUGAAGUGAUACGAAGUUUGUUCUACAACAAAAAUAAUGAUUCUAUCAUCACUGUUUCAGUGUAUGCUGCGGAUAAUUUUAGCUCCUUAAAAUGCAGGACCACUAGGAUUGAAUACGUAAAACGAGGUCAACCUGAUGCCGGCUUUGCCCUUUUUGAGUCAGAGUCAUUGAAAUGGCCCGGGUUUGUGGAGUUUGAUGAUGUAAAUGGGAAAGUUCUCACUUACUCUGCUCAGGAUAGCAUAUACAAGGUUUUUGAUUUGAAGAAUUAUAUAAUGUUGUACUCCAUAUCAGAUAAAGAUGUCCAAGAGAUUAAAAUCAGCCCAGGAAUCAUGUUGUUGAUAUAUACCCAAGCUAGUUGUUAUAUUCCAUUGAAGAUUCUCUCUAUUGAGGAUGGAUCUGUUCUCAAAUCGUUCAACCAUCUGCUCCAUCGGAAUAAGAAGGUGGAUUUCAUUGAACAGUUCAAUGAAAAGCUACUUGUCAAGCAAGAGAAUGAGAAUCUUCAGAUUCUUGAUGUCCGCAAUGUGGAGUUGACAGAAGUUAGCAGGACUGAGUUCAUGACACCAUCAGCAUUCAUAUUUCUGUACGAGAACCAGUUGUUCUUGACUUUUAGAAACAGAACAGUUGCUGUGUGGAACUUCCGUGGGGAACUUGUAACUUCGUUUGAGGAUCACCUUUUAUGGCAUCCUGACUGUAAUACUAACAACAUUUACAUUACGGGUGAUCAGGACCUGAUUAUCUCCUACUGCAAAGCUGAUUCUGAUGAUCCCCUUUCAGAAGGAAGUGCAGGUUCCAUCAAUGUGAGCAAUAUAUUGACAGGUAAGUGCUUGGCUAAAAUAAAAGCCACCAAAGGCGUCGCAAAGAGUGAUUCUGAUAAUACUAGUCCACGUAGUCGUAGGACACGACAUAAUAAUAAAGGGUCACACCGAGUUAGGAGCACCGUUGCAGAAGCACUGGAGGAUAUCACUGCACUCUUCUAUGAUGAAGACCGCAAUGAAAUAUAUACCGGGAACAGGCUUGGAUUAGUCCAUGUUUGGUCCAACUGAAUAAAAGCUCUGUUUAUGUCUACUUCAGAUAUUGCAGGGAACUGUAACAUUAGACCUCGGAGUGCAGCCCCCUCGGCUUCUUAUUUUAUUUUCUUUUUUAACUCUCGCCUAGUUCUCGCCAAAUGGUCUGCAAAUAGAGGUAGGGGGUAUUUUUCUGUAUCAUCUAUUUACAUUUAGUAUAUGGUUGCUGAUUUGUUUGGUUUCUUAUGGGAAAUAUGGAGGAAAGCCUCUUUCAAUAAUAGGACCAAUAGAUGAUUUGUGAUGGUGUAGAUGUAUUCUUUCAAGUUUCUUACCUUGUAAUUGAUGUGCUGUUAUAUAUGAUUAGUGUGAUGAAUGGAUUGGGGCUGUAUACUACUAACUGGACACUCAUUAGUCAAGUGACAUUGGCCAUGUUUGCUCA